AUGGAACCAGGUGGUCGUGAGGAAGACAGCGGCCUGGCGCUAGGAUGUGAACCGGCGUUCGUGGAUCGAGAAUGGUACACUGUGAGCGCGACCAUGGAACUUAUUCUCAUGGCUGUCACAAUCGUUGCUAAUGUCUUCGUCAUCUUCGCCGUCCUGAGGCACAAAAAGCUCAUGACGGCGACCAAUUAUUUCGUCCUUAGCCUGAGCGUGGCGGAUCUAUUCGUUGGUCUGGCCAUGCCUUUGGAUGCGGCGACGCACAUUUACCCACCCCUGAUUCAAAGCAGAUACGUCUGUUUGGUUCGAUAUUCGUUGAUUUAUAUGGCGUGCGGUGCCUCUGUGACGAGUAUGCUUUGGAUUGCCGUAGACAGAUAUGUCGCUGUGACUUACUCAUUGCGUUACCCAAGCAUCAUGACUUCCGAGCGGGCUAGUCUCGCAAUCAUCUUGAUAUGGAUUGUCAACAUCUUUGCUGGGUUUCUCCCGCUUCUGGGCCUGAAUAGGUGGAGAAAAGGUGCGGCCUGCUCAUUGGAAUGCACCCUCGAUCCCGAAUACAUUUUCAGUUGUUUUGUUUACACGUUCGUCUGCGGAAUUGUAAUGGCGUUCAUACAUUUUAUGAUCUUCCACAAAGCCCUUGGACAGAACCGCCGAAUCUCCGCGCAGCACAACGCCACGGGGCCAGCACGCGUGGGAGGGAGAAUCAUGAAAUCAAUCUGGACACUUGUCAUCAUACUUGGGACAUACAUGGUCUGUUGGCUGCCAAUGGAACUGAUUGUGAUCAGUCAGUUUUUUCAUUACAACCCCUCAGUCUCCAUGUACAAGACUGCAGCCCUAUUUCUUGGCGUUCUCAACAGUUGCCUGAACCCUUUCAUAUACGGUUGGAGGAACCGCGAGCUCAGGAAUGUGUUCUGGGUGUACCUCAAAGGCCGCCGGGCGUCGUCUGAAUCUACAACAUCUCGUCUGUCCACUGUCACAUCUCGCGUGGAGGCGGGCGAAGUGACGGAAAUAUCCGAGCCACCAAGGACAUUUGAAAAUGAUGUGACAUUUCCUGACUGA